GUAUUACAGUCUGCCUUAUUCAAUUUUCAAUCUCUUCUUAUGGUAAUUCUACUCGUCAUUUGUACGAGUACAUAUGCCCACUCCAUCAUGCCCGGCAUCAUGGACCGGAAUCAACACGGAUUCUUUGGGAUAUUCUGGAAAUGCGCACGAAUUGGAGAACGUCUAAGUCCCUACGUCAGCAUCUGCUGCAUCUUCAUGGCUGUCUCGAUCUUCUUCGGCGGUUAA